AUGAAUAUCAAUCACCAAAUCAAUUUUUACUUUGCCAAUCGUCAAUAUACAUUAGUUUGGUAAGAUCUCGAUCAAAAUAUCAUAAAUGAAGUUAUCUUCUUUGUUUUAAAUGACAUUUCCUCAAAAAAUAAAUUGAAUCACUUAACAUUCACUGAUACCAAUUCUACACCAAUUCAAUAAUCACUUACACUCUUUAUUUAAUUACAACAUAUCUUCAUCAAUAUAUCUAACACUAAUAAUAUACCUCCCAUUAAUGAAAUAUAAGAAUGGGAAUUUUAGAACCUCUAUUAGAUAAAUCCAAAUCAACUUAUAAUCUAAAAAUUUAAGAAUAAGCGUAAAUUAGAAAGUGUAAACUAUCAGAUGUAAACAAUAAUUAAUCUAAAUCAACAAUUCCGAGAGACUAGCUAAAACAUUAAAGAUAAUAACAACAUGAUCAAUCAAAAAUAAAGUAUAGAAAGAAGUGCCAAUUCUUAUCCAAUCACCAAAAUAUAAUCUACAAACAUCUAGUAAUUAAAUAAACUUCAAACUCAAUUAAAAUCUUACACCAUAGAAGAAGUAUAAUUCUCAAUUAUUUUUAAGGUUUAAUAACACAAUACAUAGAAAGAUGCUUGGAUUGUUUUAUAGGAUAAUAUCUAUGAUGUGUCGUAUUAUAUUGAAAAACAUCCUGGUGGUAGAGAAUAGAUUCUAAGAGGAGUUGGAAAGGAUGCUACUUUUCUGUUUCUUUAACAUCAUCCUUGGAUUAACUUUCAUUAUAUUCUUGAAAAAUUUUAAGUUGGUUAUUUAGUAAAAUGA